UAGGUUCAUAGUAGUCUUUCCAUUGCAUCACUUUUACACUCCAAAAUUUGCAUCAUGACUUUGCCAUUAACCAAAAGUCUUUGCAUGGCCCUUUUCGUUCUUCUGCUAUGUACUUUUGCUUCUCAUGCCACAGCCCGGAUGCUUAGUGAAAUGACCAUGCAUGAGAGGCACGAGCAGUGGAUGUCUCAGCACGGGCGCGUGUACGGAGACUCGGCAGAGAAGGAGCGCCGCUUUCAGAUUUUUAAGGCUAAUGUUGAGCUCAUUGAAUCGUUUAAUGCAGGGAACAGUAAGUACAAGCUCGGCGUAAACCAAUUUGCUGACCUUACCAUCGAGGAGUUCAAGGCCAUGAUGAACGGUUUUAAGCCUUCCAGUGUUAACACGUUCAAGGCGACGAAUGUUUUCAGAUAUGAAAACGUUACGGCCGUGCCUACUAGCAUGGAUUGGAGGGCUGAGGGUGCAGUCACUCCCAUCAAGGAUCAAGGCGACUGUGGAUGCUGUUGGGCUUUCUCUGCAGUUGCUGCAAUGGAAGGUAUCACGAAGCUCAAGACAGGUAAAUUGAUAUCUCUGUCAGAGCAAGAGCUUGUGGACUGUGACGUCGCUGGUGAGGACCAGGGCUGCGAAGGUGGCCUCAUGGAUGAUGCAUUCGAAUUCAUCAUCAGAAAUGGUGGUCUCACAACGGAAACCAACUACCCUUACAAAGGCAUCGACGGCACUUGCAACACCAAGAAGUCCUUCUCCCAUGCCGCCUCCAUCAAGGGUUACGAGGACGUGCCUGCCAACAGCGAAGCAGCCCUUCUCAAUGCUGUGUCCAACCAACCUGUCUCGGUUGCCAUAGAAGCUAGUGGUUAUUCCUUCCAGUUCUACUCCAGCGGCGUCUUCACCGGCUCCUGCGGGACUGAUCUGGACCAUGGCGUGACCGCGGUCGGAUAUGGCACGGCAAGAGAUGGAACCAAGUACUGGCUGGUGAAGAACUCAUGGGGCUCCUCAUGGGGUGAGAGUGGAUACGUAAGGAUGGAGAGGGAUGUGGCUGCCAAGGAGGGGCUCUGUGGGAUUGCCAUGAAGGCUUCCUACCCUACUGCCUGAAUUACAAAUGGGGAUAUAUUCUUAUAUAUGAUGUCUGAGUCCUAUGCUAGUUGUGUGGUUGUUGUCCCCAAUAUUGCUGACGCUCAAUGUAAAUUUGCAGCAAGAGGGGUGUCCUGCCUAAGUGUUCAUUUCAUCAUGUGUCUCUGUUUAGUUGUACCUCAAUGUGGACUUAUAUAAUCUGAAUGAAUAAUAUUGGUUGA